AUGGCUGCAUCCUGCAAGAAGAGAGGCAGUGGUGCUGUGGGGAAGGCUGUUCACCCCUGCCAUCGGUCACUGCGUUGCAGAAACGAGGUGGCAUGUCUGACACAGGCAGAGAAGCUCCUCGCCCUGACGCCAAGCAUCGUGGCGUGCCUGGACAGCACUGGUGACAGUGAUGACACCGCCCUGGCCUUGCGGGUGCUGGAGAACAUCCUCCCGCUGCUGGAAGAGAACGCGCUCGGCCCCACCGCCCAUGCCAUCGCUCCCAAGCUCCGGUUGCACUUCGACAGCGAGUCAGACACCGUGAGGCAGCUCUCCAUCUGCUUGUUCCAAUUCGUGAUGGGGUUCGUGACGGGUGCUGAAGAGAAGAAGAUGAAGGAGCAGGUGUGGGAGAGUCUGCUGCCGCUGGUCUUUCACCUGCACGACCAGAAACAGAACGUGGCCAAGGCCGCCCAGGAAGCCCUCUACUUUGCUGGCUGGUUCUUGAAGUGGCGGAAACUGAGGGAGCUGGCGCUGACUGCAGAGCCAUGGGACAUCAGCAAGUGCCUGCUGGAGAGGAAGAGGAAGAAGACCAAGGACUUCCUGCACCAGACUGAGGUCUACCUGCAGAGCCCCCAGGAGAUGCUGAGGCGGGACGCUGUCAGGUUCAUGGGGCUCAUCGGGCAGCACGUGGAUGAGCCCAGGACGACGGAGUACAUCAGACAGGCCCUUGAAGGCCCAAGACAAGACGCCAGCCCCCUGGUCUCCUCCUCGGUGACUGAGGCUCUCCUCAUGCUGGAACAAAGAAGGCAGAGGUCAAGGCUCAGCCUACAGUGGCUGCUGCCCAGGGCAUGGAGGAGGCGGCGCUCGACCCCCAGCAGGGACUUGCAAAAACCCCGUGAAGAUCAAUGA